UAAUUUUCUCUCCUUCUCUUCUCUUUCUUCUCUCUCUCUCAACUCAACCUCUUUUCUUCUUAUACUCUCCCCCAGAUUCUUCCUCAUUCUCUUUCUUCCAUCCUCUUCUUUCUUUAAAAUCACCUGCAUAACAGACACUGUAUGCCACCCUGCCUCCAUUUGUUUUCUUCUCUCAGUUUCCUCGCAAAAUUUUAAUAGAAACCUGUUCGUUGAGGGGUUUUUCCUUUCUCCUUUGUUUCGAUGGAGGUAAAAAACAAAACAGAAAACAAAGAAAAUGUUGAUCAAAGGCGUUGCAAUGAACAAGCAUACACGUCCAAGAAAAUAGACCUCACUCUGAAGCUUUCUCCUUGCGGUGAGAAUGAGAAUGCAGAAGAAAGAAAGUUGACAAGGUCAUCAUCAGUAGAGGGUGAGGCAAGUGGGGUCCAGUGGGACCCAUAUCUUGGCAGAUCUUGUUCGUUGCCAGCAGAGGAGCAGAGGAGCGUGACCUUACCCUCACCUCAAGUGUUUGCCUGGGUGGCUGCUUCUGCUGUCAAUGUCAAUACAUCAUCAUCACUUCCUCCACUCAAGGCACAUCCAAUUCCUUCUCAGGCUUCAGAGCUUCAGGGUCUGACAGAUUCAGUCAAAGGAGUUGCUUUGAAAAUCCAAACUUCAACCGAGGAAGACAACAAUUCCAUGGCUUCCAAGAAGACAAUGACCAAGAAAAUUUCUGCUAGGCAUGGUGAAACAAAGCUGGAGAAUCAGGCAAAAAGGCAUAAAGUUGGGAACUACUGCAGUCUUAAAGGUGAUGUAAUGGAGAUCCUGGAUCGGAUGCCAAGUGUGAGGGCAACUGGAGAUGGCCCUGAUGGGAAGAGAAUAGAAGGGUUUCUGUACAAGUACAGAAGUGGUGAAGUGUGUAUUGUUUGUGUCUGCCAUGGAAGUUUCCUCACUCCAGCUGAGUUUGUGAAGCAUGCUGGGGCCAAGGAAGUGGCCAAUCCCAUGAAGCAUAUCACUGUUUUUUCUAACUCAUUUUAGAGGCACAGUCAUCUUUGAAUAUGCAGAAGAAAGUGGAACAAUGGAACUUUCUUUGGGUAGUUUAUUUUCCAUGAUUUGAUUAUUGAAAAAUUGUGGCCUGGUUGAAAGGAAAUUUCAUCCAAGGUUGUCUGUACUUUUCUGAACCUCUGUCGUACGAGGUAAAGACAUGGGAAUUCUAUGAUUUAGACCAAAAUUUUCUCCACUGCUUAU